AUGGAAAUAAACGAAGAAGAGUGGGAGCUUAUCAACGACGAUGGCUUCGUCUACAAGCGUCUCAAGCGCCCCCGUGUUCAUCCCACCGCCGCCGCCGCCCAACGGCCGGAUCCUGAAGCUGAAGCCAAAGCAUACAGAGAACGAAAGAAGACGGUGCUAUUAAAGCUCAAAACAAAGUAUCAGCAAGAGAUCCACCAUUGGGAAGAUUUGUCGAACACCUUGAAGUCAUUGCAGGACCGUACCCAAAAUCAACCACCACCCACCAUACUCCAAGAUCAGACGGUCUCCUUUUCGCAGGAGAAUUCGUCGGAUUCUAGUUAUCAGGAACUCACCCACACCCUCCUCGCUCAGGUUGAAGCUCAAGAAGCCACCAUUUAUGAGGUUUCAAGAUUAUGUGAUGUUGCUGAAGCCCUAUGCAGUGCUGAAGAGCAACGGUUGAUGCAACCGUAUAUUGAUUUACCAGUUUGGCGACCGUCCCCACAAGAGUUAAUGACAUCACUAUUAGAAGAAUGAGGGUUUCAACCAUGGCUGUAAUCUAACUUGGAGCUACAAGAAAGGUUUCAGAUUCAUCUUUAGAGAAGAAACCUUGAUCAUAGGAUAAAAAGUGGGUAAGUCUCUCUUAACCAAGAAUCUUGUGUAAUUUAUCUUCGUUUAGUGGCCGUAGAUAGAUUCUGUGAAUGCUGAAGAUGUCAACCAUGCUUGAUCAGCAAACAAUGAGCUACUUAUCUUAGAGAAGAAAUACAGUGUUAGAUGUAAGGAGCUAGGCUAGGAGAUUUGGUUGCUCUUGUACAAGCAUUUGAAUGUAUUUGAGAUAUUGUAAAAAAUGUUGAU